AUGGGUAACUGUAUUUGUUCGCCAUGCUCGUUUUGCAAAAGGGUCUUGACGAGUCUUCCCAACGAGUACAAAGUUAUCAAACAGCUGUUAGGAUUUCCUUUCGGAAUUUCUUUAGGAAUAGGAUUCCAUUAUCUGGUGGUGGAGAACUUGAAAUUAGAAGAUUCCAGUAAAUACCUAUUGUCCGGAAUAAUAUGCCUAUCCCUAGGAUUCGGGUACGCCCUCUCCGUGCAAGUCAGAUGCAUGGCCAUUUUACUUGUCCCCGUCUUGUUCACUAAGGCAGGUCGAAGUGUUAUAAGCGCGGUCAUUAUAGGCAUGUUAAUCGCAGUUAAUAAUGAUGGGCUAAGGGUCAGCUGUCCACACUUAGCCACUUAUACUGAGUAUGCUAUUAUUCAAAAUAAACAAGGCCCAAUCGGGAACAUAGUAUACAAUGCCAGAGAAUCAAUCCGUUCGUUAACUUGCACUGUGUCUAUGGGAUACAAUUUGACCAAGCAGAUCAUGGAACUCAAGUACAAGCCCAUCGCUAACGUCUUGUCCGAUAUCAUGGUUCAAGCUCCUAACCUCAAAGAUAUAUCCAAAGAAAUCAAAAAAAACUUUAGCAUUCUCAACAAAGAAGUAGAAGACAACAAAGAGAUAGAAGAAUCUAGAAAUCGCACGAACGAAGUUGACGGCAAAUUAGAAGGUUGGGGUCGGGCGGCCAUAAUUGAAAAGAAAUUCACGGAAAAAAGGACUAAAAUCGCCACGAAAGUCGAUCAUAAGGGUUCUUUCGUAGAGUCUUUCUAUGCUAAAAAACAAGCCUUUAGAUGUCAGGAUAUAUUCAAUUUCGCGGCAGAUAGGUGCCAAACGGUGUUCAAAGACAUGGAAAAAAAAUGCUUCAAAAAAAUCGGCAUCUUAGGAGUCACUUCCGUCAUAUGUUUGGCCUUCCGCGUCCUGAUGCCAACCACUAGCAAAAAUGAGAGCUGCGAAUCCUCCGACGACGCUGUGAAUCCCGGAUUCGGGGAAGGGUUUGUCGAAGCCGAAAAAGCCGCCCAAGAUUUCGACAAAAAUUUCGAUGUCGACAUGAAAUAUCAAAUGGCGUUAUCACCAGCUGUUUUGUAUUCCACGUCCCUUCAAAACGCAUUUUACUGGAUCAAUCGAUCACAUGAAAUCUCUAGAAAAUUAGUUUCUGAGGAGGAGCCUUUAGAUCUGAAGACGGCGGAGGACGUUUCCGCUCAAAUCGAAUACGAGUUCAAGAUCAGGCAAAUGUGGUUCGAAAUAAUCGCCACGCUUUUGCAGAGAAUCAUGGCCUUGCUGAUUUUAAUCAUCAUUAAAGGUGCUUUCGAUUAUACCAACGGGUAUUUAAGCGAUUUCCGCUUUGACAACAACUACGUGACGAGUUACUUCAAGAAGAUAGAUGAAAGACGUUACUUAGCCGGCAAAUCCAAUUUAGAUAUCCGGAAAUCUAGGAAGGCCCUAAAGUACGCGGAUCUCGUCUACCCAUGGAGUCCCCAUAUUUCCCAAAGCGAGAAAAAAGGGGUAUUUUCGGCAUCGAUCAAAAUAUUUUUGGAUAUCGUGACAGCUGUCAUACUCAUCCUGUUCGAUAGGUUAUUUUACGAGAUUUUGAGCAUAGUCAAGGAACACAGCACGAUGACCGUCACUCAAAAAGGAGCUCACAAGAUAUUGUUCCAAGUCUACGGGAACAGCAUAUUGGCACAUAUUUUCCGAAAACUCUUCAAAGGGAUUAAGUCGGAUCAUACGUUAGAUUCCUACACGAGUAAUCUAGAGUGUCUACCGACUGCCAGAAAAUUAGAAACGCGAUUUAUAAUCCGUAUAAUUCUGAUGAACGUUUUUGCUUUGAUCAUGCUGUAUGUGCAGGCUUACGCCCUGAGAACGAGAAGGAUCAUCUGUUCAUUCUUUUAUCCAAAACGCGAAAAAAAACGAACCAUAUUCCUGUAUAACGAUCUGAUAUCCAAAAAGAAAACGAAAUUCGAAUUCAUGAAAGAAAAGGUUUUGCUUAAUGCCAAGAUCAAAAAACUACAGCAAAAAUCUGGAAUGUUAGUGGCAUUAAGAAAUCAAUUCCCCAGAUGCCUGUUCUGGUUAAAAUACCUCAAAUCGGGGAAAAGGAGCUGCUUGCUGUGCGAUGAUCUAGAACGUGGAACCAAAGAGGAUUUCGUAAAGUGCCCGUCUCGAAAAGGCUGCCCCUUCGUUUAUUGCUCAGAAUGUUGGAAGGAUUUAAAGGAGACAUGCUACGGCUGCAUUUCCCAGGAAAAAUUACGGGUUCUCGAGUACGAUUUCAAAUUCGCUCAAGAAGAGAAUGACGAAGAGUAA